AUAGGUAGGUAGAUGAAAUGCAUCGUAAAAUUACACUUCACAGUCAAAUAGGUAGAUAUGUACUAUAGAUAGACGGAGAAGUGUUCGAAGACGUGUUAUUAGUUGGAUUGAUGCUCGCCAGCAUCCUAACGCUAUAGUAAUUUCAGAGAUAUAUCUACGUUACGAUGAUACUGAUAUUAUUAUUCGCGAGCUUAAUUUUCGUAAUAAUUUUAAUAAAAUUAAUCGAUAAAUUUAAAAAUGAAAGAUUUUAUAAAUUAAUGAAUCAAUUUCCUUCGUAUCCGACGUAUCCAUUGAUUGGAAACUUGAAUAUGUUGUUCGGUUCUUUGAAUGAUUUACUGAAGAACGUGGAAAAAAUAAUGCUACCUUACGAUCGUGUGUUUUUUUGGUUAGGUCCCUAUCCUGUUUUAUUUUUGAAAAAAUACGACGAUAUUUCGACCGUAUUAAAUCAGACUCAAUACCGUGAGUUGCUUGGAUUCGGACAUCAAUGGUUAGGAACCGGAAUAUUAAACGCCUCAUACGAAGAAUGGAAAAUAUCGAGAAAAGUUUUAGCACCUGCUUUCACCUCGGAAAUGCUCGCAAAAUAUGUAACUAUUUUCAAAAAAAAUUCUUCAGCUCUUGUGGAUUUAUUCAAACCAGCAGCAGAUUCUGGUGAAGUAGUCGAUAUCUGGGAAGAUGUCAUACAUACUAAUAUCGACACUAUCGUAGAAAUCACACUGGGCGUAGGAAUGCAAGGAAUAGGACAGCAAGGAAAGGAAUUCAAUGAAGCGCUGCAAGAAGGAAUAUCAAGCGUGGUAAAACAGACGAUAACACCUUGGCUGCAACCGAGUUUGAUAUACAACGUCUACCUAAAAUUAACUGGAAAAACCAAACUCAUACGUCAGUUGCAAGCUUUGCCAACAAAGAUAUUGAAAGAUAAACUCAAUGAGUUCAAAAGUGGAGAAUAUUCAGAAGAACAAGUUAAUUCAUCGAAAGCUGUAAUCGAUCAACUUAUCAGAGGAGGUUUAUUAGAGCCCAGUUUUACAGACACACGAAUGAGAAACGAACUAACACAAAUAAUCUUUACAGCAAUCGAAACCACAGGACUAAAUCUUUGCUUUACAAUGUUGAUGUUGGCAAUUCAUCAGGAUAUUCAGCAAAAAGUUUACGAAGAAAUCGAAGAGCUAACCAAAAAUAACGAUACUCUAACCGCAGAUCACUUAUUUAAUGGUUUGAAAUACAUGGAGCAAUGCAUCAAGGAAACAACCAGAGUAUUUUCUCACGCCAUAGUUACCACCAGACGUACUCACAAAGAUUGUAUAUUAAAAGAUAAUACGAUCAUACCUGCCAACACACAAGUCACUUCAGUUCUACAUUUAGCCAAUCAAGACCCAGAUUUGUAUGAAAAUCCUGAAAAAUGGGAUCCAGAGCACUUCAGCGAACAAGCAAUGAAAAAUCGACCAAAAAACAGCUUUAUGAGCUUCGGAUACGGGCCACGAUCUUGCAUAGGAAUUAGAUACGCGAUGCUUUCGAUUAAAACGCAAAUCGUGUACAUUUUACGUAACUAUCGUUUAUCAACGAAUAUUGAGACUUUUACGAGAGAGCAUUUGAAAACAGAUCUGUGUAUAAGGAGUAGAAUUGGUUACCCUAUAAAAUUUGAGAAGAGAAAUGGUCGCAAUUGUAAAGAAUUUAAAUAAAUCUUGUACUGGAAUUUAAAUUUGAAAAAGUAUUUUUAAGUUGUAUCGUGAUUUUCUUGAAAUGCUUGUAAAUAAUUUUCUAUGGCUUAGACAUUUUUCUAAUUUUUCAUAUCAUUUUUGAGAAUUUGGAAAAAAAGUAUUUCAUUUCAUUUUUAUGUGAAUUUAAAAAAAAAACCAAUUAAAGAAGAAAAGACAUUCAAAAAUCAAAAAUAUGCAAAAACUGAUUUUCUCCUCAUCAUAAGCUAGCCACCAAAUUGAACUGCAGCCUAGUAAAUUUUUCCACUGUUUAUAAUUUAAUUCCCAUUGCAAAAGUUUUUUUUUUUUUUUUUUUUAAAAAAAAGAGAAAAGAAAACACCACCUCUUUUAGCUAAUUUGAACCAGUAAAACAUUUACUUAAAAUGAAAUAAAUCAAACUUGAGCCACAU